AUGUCCAGUCAGGAGGCCUCUGGUCACCGACAGGUGAGAACCAGAGCCAAACAGGCUUGUCUCCACUGCAACCGCCGGCGAAUCCGCUGCAAUGUGCUACAGAUGCGCCCAUGUCAGAAUUGUCUCUCGUUGAAUGUGCCCUGUGAGAUAGGAGUUUCGAAGCGAGGAAAGUAUCCCCGUAAGAAGACUGCCCGGCAACAUGCUAUGUCACAAACGGACGGCAAUUCGGUCCAAUUACCGACAUCAUCGGGGAAAGGAAGAAGCCAUUCAACGUCACCGUCGGGUGGUAAAGACGAAGAAAGAGAGCCGCAUGUUCAUCCGAUGUCAGGGGAUGCUGCCAGUGCCCACCAGACGGUGUUCUUUGGCGAAUCCAGUCCACUCACUGUAGUCAUUGACGAAGGGCGCCGAUCGCCUGAGAAAGGGAGUGGUGAACUGCACAUGACUCGCUUUCACUAUCCCAUUCCAGAGAAGCUCAACGCUUUCAAUACCCGAGAUGAGGCUUUUCGUGCACAUAAAGUCAAGAAGGAAGACCAGCUUAGAGCUGACGGGGCCUUUUUGUACCCCCCGCCGGAGACAUGUGCCAUUCUUCUGCGGGCGUACUUUGAUUGGUUUCAUCCCUGUUUCCCGAUCCUUGAUCGUGCUGCUGUGUAUGAGGGCUAUGCGCAAGGGAUCUUGUCGCCCCUGCUCCUCCAGGCUAUGCUGUUCAUUGGUGUAAGCCUUUGCACGGACGAGGCGUUUUCCCAGACGGAGUUCCCCGUUCGAUACUGGGCGAAAUUGCUUUUCUACAGCCGAGCAAAGGCGAUAUAUGAUGCGGAAUGGAAGUCUAACAAGACGGUCAAGAUCCAAUCGUUGUUUCUGUUGAGCUUCUGGCGUGGAGGUCCUUCUGAAGAGCGGGACAUUCGAUUCUGGCUGGGAAUUGCCAUUGACUUGGCUCAAAAGCGCGGCAUGCAUUUGAUGUAUGCCCGAGACCAGCAAAGCGCCGCAGCACUUGGGCUGCCGCCGCACAUUCGGGAUGAAGACUGUGAUGUCGCCAUGCUUGAGCCAGAUGAUAUCCGGGAAGAGGAAGCGGGAGGACAAGGUCUUUUCGGUGUGCAGUGUAUAGAAGAUCUCCGUUAUCCGGCCGAGAUGGCCAAGUUGGCCAAAUUAUUGCGUUCUAUUGUAUCGACCCAUUAUUCGCCGGUAUCUCCCUCAUCCAGCGGCACGUCACGAGCGGUGUUGCAUGAGCAACUGGUGGACUGGGAAUCCGAUAUGCCUCCUGAGCUGAAGCUCGAAAACGCCACAAGUCCGCGAGCCAGGUUCCUAGCGGGACUCUUACAAAUGACAUACCAAAUCACCCACGCGUUCUCAACCCUCUGCAUUCACACCAUCGAGUUCCGUCGCUCAUCUGGGACAGGCCGUAAACUGGCGGAACACCGAGCCAGACUCUGUCUCCUGAGCCUACAGGAGCUGCAAAAAUCCUGGGACUUGGAGAACUGGGUAUUAAACCUGUUCUUCCGAUGCUUGGAUGAUAGCACUGCCCGUACUCUGCGACCGGUGGAUGCCACUGCUCCGCCCCCAAAGACCGAAGCCCGCGAUUAUGUCCCUGCCACCCCAGAUGCUUUUCCUGCUCUCAAUAUGAACCCAGAGGGACACACGCUCGACGCACCUUGUCAAUCGGCGCACUCGCCAUAUCCCACUGGUGAUAUUAGCGCCCCCAGUGAUUGGUACGGGCUGUUCAAUUUUGCCGAGGAUUAUACCGACAUUUCGGGGGUCAUUUCCAGCCACGACCCGUCUAUAAAUCUGCAGAAUUUGGAGAUUCUCUACCGAUUCUUAUGACGAAAUCUGUCCCACUUAAAAAGUCUGCACUCACAAUGGCUGCGACCGCACUUUUCCCAGCCUAGUCAACAAGUUCAGCUCGGAGGAGGAUCGUCUUGGCAGAGUUCGGUACUCGAUCGCGCUAAGCGGGCAAGGCGUGGAGCAUCGUCCGCGUGCGAGUCAGUCAGCUCACUCCCUGCCGAGGCCAGGCUGAUCCCGUAUUAAUUCC